AUGUCGUUGAAGCGAACUUUCGACGAUGUCGUGCCAGAUUACACGGCAUCUUAUUUCAACAAUCUUUUCGGUGAGAUGACCGACAAUUUGACAGCAUCACGAUAUCCAGCCAACACUGAUACAGCUCAGGGUAAACAGCGGCGCCUCAGCUUCUUCGACACAAAUGGAGACUGUGCUACGGCUUCGACAUCAGCGCGGCCGCGCGCGCUACCUAGCACCUCCUCUACCGCACGAUUUGUGCCAGGUCUGCAGACGUUUGUCGGCGGUCUGCACAUGUCGCAAGACUCCUUGUUGCCGCGAUCAGACGAUGCACCUCCCCGAUCAUCAUCAGCUACGGCCGCUAGGCGCUCGUUCGAUGCUCCGGAAGUCAUGCAGCCUCUCAUGAUGAGCCGUAAUGCCGACACCGAGCGACGCGCUAGCCAAGCCAUGGCUCGCCGCCAGUCGCAGGCGGCACUCGAAGCCCCCCCAAAUCGUGCAUCGCUCGUCUCGCUGGACGCUCAGCUUGUGCCCGGCGUCUCGCCCGGUUGGCACGUUGAAGCGCACGGUCGACAAGCCAUGGAACUACAAGAUGGCAUUCGCUUCCAAGACGAGGAAGGCUGGACACCGCUCGAAGCCUUUCCUGCAUUGACGCGCCAGGGUAAGCUCGCUGUCAAGCGGGCAAAGAUUCGAAGGAAGCAGCAUCGCCAUCAGUUCGAAAACCAACGCCAAUCACAGUGGGAGACGCUGGUCGAGCCCGACACUAUUGCCGAGCUUCGCCAGUCUCCUGCACUAGCACCCACCGACCUGGUCAAACCUACAUUGGAGACGCGCCCGAGUGGGCGCACCGCGGCCACUCCCGCUCCUGCCUUUGUGGAUAUUGUGAUGAUCGAGGACAUCGUCGACACGCUCUCGGUCCCCUUGCUGGGGGCUUGUGCAUCGCAUGUUUCUCGGCCCACCUUGAUGCCGUCUUUGGCAUCUCGCAGCGGUCCGCCGGCAGCAUCUUCGUCUGACCCAAAGACGUCAUCGUCCUCGACAGAAAAGGUUGCAAAAAGCGUUGGCUCAGCAUCUCCGCUGCGAUCCUCUCCCAACCGUCCUUACGCGCUCUCAGAUUUUGAGGUUGUCGAAACAUUGGGAACAGGUACCUUUGGUCGCGUGUUGUUGGUACGUCUGAAAGAUCGCGACGUUGCGGAUCGCUCGGCCUACUUUGCGCUCAAGGUCUUGGCCAAGACGGAUGUAAUCAAGCUCAAGCAGGUCUCGCAUAUCAACAGUGAGCGCUGCAUUUUGACCAAGGUGGAUCAUCCUUUUCUCGUCAACAUGAUCGCUUCCUUCCAGGAUAGCAAGAACUGCUACAUGCUGAUGGAAUAUGUCGUCGGCGGCGAGAUCUUUUCGUACUUGCGCAGAGCAGGUCAUUUCUCGGCAGACGUAGCUCGCUUCUACAUCUCGACCAUCGUACUGGCUAUCGAAUACCUCCAUAGCAACAAGGUGGUGUACCGAGACUUGAAGCCGGAAAACCUUCUAAUCGACUCGAACGGCUACACCAAGAUCACCGACUUUGGAUUUGCCAAGGAGGUUGAAGAUCGAACUUGGACGCUCUGCGGCACACCCGAGUAUCUUGCGCCAGAAAUUAUCCAGUGCAGCGGUCAUGGUAGCGCCGUCGAUUGGUGGUCAUUGGGCAUUCUGCUUUUCGAGAUGCUAGCCGGCUACCCACCAUUCUACGACCCCAACCCAAUCUUGAUCUAUGAAAAGAUUCUGGCUGGCAACCUCGUCUUUCCCGAGGAGAUUGACCCGCUCUCGCGCGACCUCAUCUCGAGCCUUCUAACGGCUGACCGUAGCAGGCGUCUCGGCAACCUUCGUGGUGGUGCGAAUGACGUCAAGAACCAUCCUUGGUUCCAUGGUGUCGACUGGAAGGCGUUACAGGAGGGCAGGAUCCUUCCUCCCAUUGUUCCCUACCUCGGGCGACCAGGCGACACAUCCAACUUUAGCAAGUACGAGCCAGCCAGACCGAGCGCCAUGCCUGGCCUGUAUGGCGCUGAUUCAGGUCAUCAUGAUUUAUACGCCGACCUCUUUCCAGACUUCUAA